AUGUGCGCACGCAAGGCACUCGUGGCUCUUUCAGAGCACGUCGACCAUGUUGUCUGGGAACGGAAGCUGCAGCCACUCAAGAAGUCACAUCUCCAGCCCAUGGGAGACUUGACAGGACAGUCGCAAGGGACUGCAAUCAUGUCUUGGCUUUGGUUGACUUACGGGUUAGCAGAUGACGAUAGUGAAGGCUUACAAGAUUCCCUUCGUAUUGAAUGGUGUAAGGCCAGGGCGCAUCGUGAUAGAUGGGUUGAAGAAAUGCAACUUUUGCUGGAAGAAAUGCAACGGAUUCUGCUCUUUCUCGACUGGCAAGCACGCCAAUGGGAUGAGCGUGCAGGUGCAUGA